AUGAUUUCCGCUGAUGGGUUUGAGCUUUAUGAAAAUAAAUCUUCAGACGAAGAAAAUGCGACCGUUUCCUCGGAGACGAAAGAAUCGACAAACUGGCGACUGAUCAUUGUCACGGGUGUGGUUUCCUGCUUGAUUUCCGUCGAAAAUUCGGUACUUGGAAUGGGAGAAUGGCCGUAUAUGAAAGAAAUAGAUAAGGAAGCGAACGCUCAGUUCUUUGGGUUCACUCAAUCGGCUUCGAAAUGUUUUCAUGCAAUUUUCGCUCUAGUUUUUUCGAUAUGGAGUUUCAAGGUAAAAUCUAUAAAAUACCCUAUGAUAGUAAGUCGUUUCAUUGCAAUUAUCGCCUGUUGUAUUUAUCUCAGUGUUGAAUAUUUCAAAUCUGACAAAAAAUAUGUUCUUAUGUCAGUUUAUGUUCUCAUUGGAGUUUCUAAUACCCUCCAGUUAAUUUUCAGUGGGAUUGCCUACCCGGGAAUCGAGGUCUUCCCCGGUAUCCGUUUCCACGUCUAUUCAGUCCCAAUUUGGUUUUCUCUCGUUCUCACUGUCAUUACGGCGGUAAUCAUAUGGGUUUACAUGACAGACGUACAUCGUAUCUCAAUUGAUGACGAUGAAAGUGGAGAAUUCUUUUCAUUCAAACAGUUGAAACAAAACUAUGAACAAUUGAAGAACAGUGGAUUGAUGUGGAAAUUGAUAGCAGUUUGUCUCACUGUCAAGAUUUCCGUUACUUUUUUAAGCGCUAUUUUGGGAUCAAUUAUGUCAAUUGUCUUCAUGGUACAGUAUGGGUGGACUGGAACCGAAACUGUCCGUUAUGGAUCAACACUCAUGAUUGCAUUCGGUGUUAUUUCCUGCUCAGUUCUCAUGCUUUAUGUAUUCUGUCGCUUGGGAGAAAUAAUCCACCAGGAGUAUGUCUUCCUGGUAUGUAUCCUUGCAACUGGAAUGUACUUCAUCGUCACCUAUCCAUUCCCAUUCAACAGUAUACCCAUUGCACCUUAUAAUGAGACAACACAUGCUGGAUGUAACCCAGAUGAAUACUCAUGGUGUGAAGAAACAAAAGCUACCCACCCAUUACUUUUUAUGAUAUCUACAGUCAUCAUUUUUGCACCAUGUCUUCCCAUGAUGGGUACUGCAUUGGAUACUACGUAUUCAAGAGUUCUGGGAAAUAUCGAUCAGAACAUUGCUCAUGGACUUAUGACCAUAGUCGAUGAUGUUAUUUUUAUGAUCACCCCGAUUUUCACCACAUCGAUAUUCACAAUGGUCGGAGUGGGACCAUUAUGGCUGGUUAUAGCGGCUCUAUUUUUCGUAAUGGCUGCACUGUGGGCAUACAAUCUUCGAGACCUUAGUAAAGUGGAAUGA